AUGAUUGAUUCAUAUUCAGGACAAGAUAAAAAUCAACAACAAUUACAAUACAAAGGUUCAGACAGGUACAUUCUUGAUCGUACGACAGAUGAAGUGUUGUGUGAGAGGUGUUCCAAGUACAGUGUGUUUUAUGGAACAUAUUACAAAUAUUGUGGCGGCUAUUGUAGUGGCUUCCCUGGGGACCAGGACUGUGAGAACCAGUAUUUGUACCAAUUAACCAAUCUAUCUAAUGGGGCAAUUGCAGGAAUACUCGUCGGAAUUCUUGCAGCUGUCGCAAUUUUUAUUAUUGCUGUGGUCAUUUGUGUCAAAACUGUUAACAAAAGACGGGGUGGAAUGUCCCAGGGGUCAGUUGUUACACCUGUUGGGGCAUCAAACGUUGCUGUUUUCACCACGACGCCUGUAAAUCCAAAUAUACAAACAGCAUUUCAUUGUGGAUACCCGGUUCAGUGCCAUCCUCCUCUAAAUAUGGGAUAUCCUAUGCAGCCAAUAGAACAAGAGUUACAAACGUCUGUUCCAUCAAAUAUGGGAUAUCCAAUGCAGCCGAUAGAACCACUACCGCCACCUUAUAGAAAGCCGGAGUAGUCACUCUCUACAACAUUCUGUUUGCAUUUCAAAAACAUGAUUUUUAUAAUGUGUUAAAUUUGAACCGUAACACCACUGUACUAGAUUAGAGGAGGACUGUUCUCCCGCUUAUACAUUCAACCUUGCCAGAUUAUGUAUGUGCAUGUUCAAAGUCAGGAUCAUUUGAAUCAGUUGCUGUAUAUCAUAUUUGUGUUUAGUUUAUUAUUUUGAAUAUCAAUCAGGCUGUUAGUUUUCUCGUUUGAAUGGUUUUACAAUUCUCAUUUCGGGGCCUUUUAAAUCUGACUAUUCGGUAAUUUUACCCAUUAUUUAAGACUGCAUUUUGACCUGUAUUUGUUAACUUAUGCGAUUUUGUCUCUUGAAGGGUUGUCUCAUUGUCAACCACACCAACUCUUUAACUGUCUUGCAGCAAAACAUAGUAAAUCAUUUGUGCAAUGAAAUGAAUCCUUCCAUAGAUUUCAGAUUGACAUUUACACCCCAUCAGCACACAAGAUUAACAUUAUAUAUACAGAUAUCUGUCCAAUUGCCUGUAUUAUAUAAAAUUAUGGUAUGAACCUACAUAAUAAAACAAAGAAAAUAUAUAUUAAACUCCAAACUUGCCAAUGUGUAGCACUGGUAAAAGAUGUCUGGGAUAAUAUUAAUUUUUACUAUCAGGAGUAGGUAAUGUAAAGCUUUUACUUUUUUCUAUAAAGAAUACAC